AUGUCCGCCGAUGAUCUUACCAAUGAGUUUCAACAUAUGGUGGUAGCACUAUAUGUUGGAUAUCGUGCACUACUUCAAGGAGAAACUCCGGUGGCAUGUACAUUUGUAUCAAAUACUACGGGGAAAGUCAUCGCUGUGGGAAGUAACGAUACCAAUGGGUCACUCAAUGGUACCCGACACGCUGAGUUUGUGGCUAUAGAGCAAGUGAUGAAUGAGAAGAUCCCCUUUUCUAAACGGGACGAUUUACAGUAUAUAAAGGAUGUCUUCAAUGACAUCACUGUAUAUGUUACUGUUGAACCGUGCAUUAUGUGUGCCCUGGCAUUACGACAAUUAGGAAUCAACCGCGUGGUGUUCGGGUGUGCGAACGAAAGAUUUGGAGGUAAUGGAACGGUACUUCUGGUGAAUAAAGAUGAUAUUGGUCCCGAUAGGGAAUACCUUAGUUAUGGAGGUAUCCUCCGUACGGAAGCAGUACAAUUGCUUAGGAACUUUUAUAUCCAAGAAAACGAAUCUGCGCCCGAACCUCAAAUAAAACGAAACAAAGAUUUGGAACGGAAAGCUUAUCCGAUAAAUUUGGCGUACGAUAAAUAUUUACUGCGACAUCAAUUUAUUGAGUACUACGGCGAAAGUCGUAUUCGAUUCUGGAAUCAGCCGGUCGACGCAGAAAUCACUCCUGUCGAAGGUAAACAGUAUUCGGUAACGCAAUUAAUACAGGGCAAAUCUGGUAAUAUUAUUCGACAAAAGCUUUAUGGCGAUGAUAAAAAGAAGUCUGAAGUUGAAUGCAAACAGUUUGCACUGAUGUUUUAUGGAAUUGAUGAAAUGGGGAAGGUUAACUUUGAGUCUAGAAUAAUCACCUUAGAGGAACCAGAUCCCAAACGCAGAAAAAAGCAUUAA